AUGCCCGCAAGUAUCACUGUUAUCAACAAGGACCAGAAACUGCCUCCACUAUUGUUGCCCACACUGAGUCUGUCGCCCUCGUCUUCAUCAACCACAUCUUCAAACUCUUCAGCAAAUUCAGCAACCACUCCACCCACAGUUCCCUCUCACAGAUCAACCUCCGCUCUGAAUGAUACAAAGGGCGUCACAGAAAAAUUCUUUCUCAUAGAUCCAUCCUCAAGAAAGAGGAAAAUGAUGGAUCAACAGCCACUCUUGGAAAAGUCCAAAAUGGUCCAGAGAAACACUCUGGAAAAUUUAGCCUUCUUGGCAACAAAGAGACCAAAAUUAUCAAUGGAUAAUUACUCUCACUCUCAACCGCUCUUGAAUCUAAAUUCAAAUUUCAUACCAAAUCCAAAUCCAAAUUUUAACGGAAUCGCAAACAUAACUCCCCCACCAAAUGAAAUACUGACAAAUACCUCUUCAACUAAUAACACUAAUAAUAACAUUCAAAAUUCAUACUCCUCCUCCUCUUCCGCUUCCUACACCUUACAACAACAACAACAACAACAACAACCUCCCACCGCAUUAGGAAGACCAAAGGGCUCCCUAGGUUCAAUGCAAUUACCUCCAAUGUCUGUCCCACAACAACAACAACAACCCUCAACAACCCCAAACGCAAAGAGACAAAGAAUCGGUCCAAGUUGCGAUAAAUGUCGAUUGAAAAAAAUUAAAUGUAACGCAAAGGUCGAAAUCAUCUUACAGGAUGACAGAAUUAUUCCAUUAAUAUCGGAAAAAUUACAUUAUUGCUUAAUGAAAAAUGAUGUCUUGAACAACCUACCAUUAUUAGUAAACCAACUAAACGUCCCCCAGGACGUCAUUAAUCUACUACAAAUAAACAAUCAACUAAGAUUGAUUAAACAUAUAGAUAAAUUAAUCCUCUUCCAACCUUGUAAUUCAUGUAUCAAGAGGAAAGCCGCAGCAUCCACUCAAAAUUACAGUACAACGGAUAACGGCGCAACAAAGAAUCCAACUUUACCCUCCUUUGAUGAUACUUUAUUUUGUACCUUCUCCAAGGGGUUCACAAGAGCAGAUAUUAACAUAUUCGGCAAGAUCUCAAUGAGAUUGAAGGGAAGAGCCAUCAAGGAUAUGACAUAUUCGGAUUAUAGAAGAGCAGGCUUUUAA